UGUUUGACGUAGAGUAAGCGCCUGAUAAAUCCCAUCAUCCCUUUUAUUCGAAGUGGUACGAAUGUGUCUAAGGAAUUCUCUGCUGCUGCUCUAUGAGCAGGUGACAUCAUAAGGGGUUGGAAGCCCGGAGCCGUACAGCGGAACGUUGAAACGUUCUACUCCCAUUUCCUAGGGGUGAUUGGGAUCCGCCUCAUCCACCUGCAUGGGGUGGUUCCGUUUACGGAAGACAGAGGACGGGAGAGGGAUGGCCGAGGAUGACGACCGGAGGCGCAAGCUUAUGGAUGAAAAUGCCAACUUGAAGAAACGGGUCAAGUCACUGGAGGAGAAUCUGAUGCUGAAACAGAUCCUCAGCGAGAGUUACCGUGAAAAUCGUCAGAGAAGCCGAGAAUUAAAGUCUCCCAGGGUCUCAGCCUUUCCUGAAGCCUACUCCCCAGGAGAUCGAGUUCAGGAGCGUGGGGGGCCCAGCAGCACACCAGAGCCUUCAACGCCAUUCCAGACCUCAUCCCUGGAAGAUUUGCUUUUUACUCAAAUCGACAUUUCCGGCAAGGAAGAUGACCCCCCCGGCUGUACUACUCCGGCCCGGGCCGCUCUGAAGGAGUUUUUCCGACCGCCAGAGUUGGAGCUGUCAGGAAUGACAGAGAGAAAGCUAACCCAGCAUCUCAGCACCGUACCCGGCCCCCCGAAGGAGAAACUGCUGCCGAAGCCCAAAGAGAUAAUCGAGCACAAGAAGGUCUGCUUUUCCGAGAGUGUGCUCGUCGCAGAAGAUGAGAUGAGGAAGAGCUAUUAUCUAAACGCGCAGCACGGAAAGGUUUUGAAAAUGCCGGAGAUCCCGGGUUCGCUUCAACGCUCUAUACUGGAUGAAUUCCCUUCUUCCUCCGUCAACACUCCAGUCGAAAAAGAUGCUUCCUCUGGCUGCCCUUCUGCCGAAGCACGGAAUAUUUUUAAAGGCUACCUCAGCGUGCCAGAUUCGUUUGAACCCAGAAGCCCGGAGAGGAAGUUAAGUCAACCUCUACUAAAUAGCAGCGAAGACCCACGGGCAGAGAAACCGCUAGCCGAACACCGAGAAAUGCCAAAGCUAAAGAAAGUCUGUUUUUCAGAGAACCCCCUAUCUAGAGGACGUAUGAAAAAGCCUCAGAACUAUUAUAUAAACAGUAUUGACGUACAGUGGCUCUCCGGCACCGAGAAAGAUAGACGCGUCGUCGGGGAGAUCGCCUUCCAGUUGGAUAGACGGAUCUUGGCGUAUGUUUUCCCGGGAGUGAGCGGGCUUUAUGGAUUCACGGUGUCCAAUAUCCCCGAGAAGAUCAAACAGAUUUCCAUAAACCCCCUGGAUGGUUCCAUGGAUGAGAAGAAGCGCCAGGAGCUGACGCGUCGCUUCCUGGCCCUCACCGCCCGCCUGGAGAAAUUUGGCUACAAACGGGACGUGCACCCGGGGUUCUGCGAGUUCCUCAUCAACACCUUCGGCGUCUUGAAGGACCGGUCCAACCUGCGCUCCGACCCCCUCCACAACAACCCGGGCGCCCUGCGGAAGAUGGUGAUCGACGUCGUGCCCCCCAAGUUUCUCAAGGACACCCUGAUGCUGCUGAGCUGCUUGUGUGAGCUCUCCAAGGACGACAGCAAGCCUCUGUUUAGCUGGUAAGGAGGCCCCUUCCUGCAAGAGAAUAUAGAGCCCGAGAAUCCCCUUCUCAUGGAAGACACAAAGUGUCCAAAUACUAUCUUUUCUACAGUAAAAAAGCUCAUGUUAAACGUGGAA